CCAGAAGAAGAAUGAAGGUGACUAUGUAUGUAUAGUACGUAGUGGCCACCAGCUAAGGCUUCGGACGUUGACUUCACAACAACCGCCAGUGACCAUAUGAUAUAUACACUACACUCACCUUGAUCAUCAAACACAUUGUAAACAUACAUACAAACAUGGAAUACGGCAGGCUAGGAAGCUAUCAGCCGGGAAGAAACGCCCCAUUAAAGCCAUUAUCUUCAACCUCCUCUGCAGGGCCUACACCCAACUCUAGUUCCAAAACUAUAAAGUUUCUCCUCCUCAUUGCUGCAUUCAUUCUUGUUGUAGCGUCCCUGGUGUCCGUGGGACUCGUGGUGCGUCUCCGUCCAACCAAACACAGCGGAUCUCAUCCCCGCCCGACCCAAGCCAUGUCACGAGUCUGCAGCCAGACUCGUUACAAGGAUCUGUGUUUGAGCUCGCUACUUAAUUUCCCGGGCUCACUGACCGCGUCCGAUAAAGACAUGGUCCACAUUUCGGUUAACAUGACGCUGCAGCACGUGGGAAGGGCGUUGUACACGUCAGCUGAGAUCAGUAACCUUGAAAUGGAUACACACGUACGGUCAGCAUACGAGGACUGUCUCGAACUUCUGGAGGAUUCUGUAGACCAGCUUACGCAGUCGCUGCAAUCUGUUCAGGGAGGUGGGUCCAGUGAGGAUGUGAUGACGUGGCUGAGCGCGGCGCUGACGAAUCAGGACACGUGUGCGGAAGGGUUGUCCGAGGUGGAGAAUGGAUAUGUUAAACAGCAGAUGGAUGAGAAGCUAAAGGACUUGUCGGAAUUGGUGAGUAACUGUUUGGCGAUAUACGCGGCGGCUGGGGAUGAUUUUAAGGGAGUUCCGAUACAGCACCGGCGUAGGAGGUUAAUGUCGUUUCCGAAGUGGUUGAGUAGGGAGGAGAGAAGGCUGCUGCAGGCACCGGUGGCCGGUAUCCAAGCGGAUAUAGUGGUGUCGAGUGAUGGAAGUGGGACGUGUAAGACUAUCGCGGAGGCCAUAAAGAAGGCUCCUGAGAAUAGUGGCCGUAGGAUAAUAAUCUACGUUAAGGCAGGAAGGUACGAGGAAGAUAACUUAAAAGUGGGAAGGAAGAAGACAAAUUUGAUGUUUGUAGGGGAUGGAAAGGGCAAAACGGUCAUCACAGGAGGAAUAAAUAGGGUAGUUGACAAUGUGACGACUUUUCACACCGCAUCUUUCGCUGCAACCGGUGCUGGUUUCAUAGCCAGGGAUAUCACAUUUGAGAACUAUGCCGGCCCUGCCAGACACCAAGCUGUGGCACUCAGAAUCGGAGCUGACCAUGCAGUCGUUCAUCGAUGCGCCAUCAUCGGAUACCAAGACACGUUAUACGUCCACUCCAACCGCCAGUUUUUCCGUGAAUGUGACAUUUAUGGCACCGUGGAUUUCAUCUUUGGCAAUGCUGCUGUGGUUUUCCAAAGCUGCAACAUAUAUGCAAGAAAACCAAUGCCACAACAAAAGGUCACCAUUACCGCUCAAAACCGAAAAGACCCAAAUCAAAACACCGGUAUCUCAAUCCACGUUUGUCGGCUCGUGGCCCAGCCUGAUCUGGAGGCAUCAAAGGCAAGUUUCCCGACAUAUCUUGGGCGACCAUGGAAACUUUAUGCACGGACAGUGUACAUGCAGACAUACAUGGGAGACCACAUUCACCCUAGGGGUUGGCUAGAAUGGGCUGGGACGUUUGCACUCGACACAUUGUACUAUGGUGAGUAUAUGAACAAUGGGCCAGGAGCGGCUGUCGGUCAGCGGGUUAAAUGGCCAGGCUAUCGGGUGAUCACUUCAACCAUAGAGGCGAGCCGGUUCACAGUGGGCCAGUUUAUAUAUGGAUCCUCAUGGUUGCCUUCUACUGGAGUUGCAUUUUUAGCUGGUUUAUCUCCAUAAGUUUCUUUAUUCUGACAUAUAUAUACAUGCGGACCGAUUUAAACAUGUAAAACCCAUGUUGGAUAUAUAGCUUAUAAGGUGAAACAUGAUACCACAUUAUCUUAUAAAUAAUGUUAAUGUGUUGGGUCAGAAUUGUAAUAAAUAGUAACGAUUAUGUUGUUUUGGACCC